GAAAAAUCACUGAAGUAUGAGUGCAGACCUAAACAGGGACUACGAGAUUGGGCAGGAGCUCGGCCGCGGUCGGUUCGGCGUCGUCCGCCGCUGCGUCUCGCGCUCCACCGGCGAGCCCUUCGCCGUCAAGUCCGUGGACCGCUCCAGCCUGGCCGACGACCUCGACCGUGAGCUCGCGGAGCUGGAGCCGAAGCUAGCCCAGCUCGCCGGCGCGGGGAACCCGGGCGCCGUGCAGACGCACGCGGUCUACGAGGACGACGUCUGGACCCACACCGUCAUGGACCUCUGCUCCGGCCCGGACCUGCUCGACUGGGUCCGCCGCCGCCGCGGCGCGCCCGUGCCGGAGCCCGUCGCCGCCGACAUCGUCGCGCAGGUGGCCCAGGCGCUCGCCCUCUGCCACCGGCGCGGGGUGGCACACCGCGACGUGAAGCCCGACAACAUCGUCCUCGACGAUGUCGAGGAGGACGGUGAUGAUGUUUCGCCGCGCGCGCGGCUCGCGGACUUCGGGUCGGCGGCGUGGAUCGGCGGCGGGCGACGAGCGGAAGGCCUGGUGGGCACGCCCCACUACGUGGCCCCCGAGGUGGUAUCGGGGGAGGACUACGGCGAGAAGGCGGACGUGUGGAGCGCGGGCGUGGUGCUGUACGUGCUGCUCUCCGGCGGCGCGCUCCCGUUCGGCGGCGAGACGGCCAAGGACGUGCUGUCGGCGGUGAUGCGGGGCAGCGUCAGGUUCCCUCCCAGGCUGUUCUCCGUCGUGUCCCCGGCCGCCAAGGACCUGAUGAGGCGCAUGAUGUGCCGCGACGAGUGGCGGCGCUUCUCCGCCGAGCAAGUUCUACGCCACCCGUGGAUCGUGAGCGGCGGAGGAUCCCGAGCCAUGGAGCAGCCAACCUGAACGGCCGCCUGAGAUUCAGAUAUCGGCGACACACACCGGUCGAGUGGUCGACCGAGGACGCUGUCAAUAGGGUUUUUGAACAGUACGACGCCGCGCAGAUACAGUUGCAGUAUCGCGCUACGGCGGUAGAUCGAGUUAUCCUUUUUUUUAGAUGGAAGAUCGAGUUAUGUUAGAAGAAGAGCAGUAGCAGCUCCUUCCUAUAUUAAUGUUCAAUUAACCCCUGGUUUAGGCUCUGCUCCAGCUUUAUCUAGAGAGAGAGCCUUUUCCCUUCCUUGCGAGUGUUGCAUGAGGUUGUAUGUAUAUAUUCGAACCUAUGUACGUCUUGUAUACAAAUGAAGUUGGAAUAAUAUGUGCUAGCGUAGCUUAUGCUUUGCUUCA